UCAGGCAGGUUUCUUUAACCGGUUCUCAAUUCUAUUCAACCCAGUCCGACUUUGAGACGAUGAAAUGAGGAUGAAAAAAUUAUUUUGAAGGGAACUUCGAAGAAAACUGUGUGAAGUUAAUCUAAAUUCCACCAGCUUAAGACGGGAAGCAAAAAUAAGUACUUGCUUCCUAGAGUCUCAUUUAAGCCAUGAAAAAAGCAAGGGGAAAACAGAAGGAAAAGAGAGAGAGAAAGAAAAAAGGAAAAUUUUCCUUGAAGAAAUGGUUAUUCUCCAUGCACUAUAGAAUUUAAGACAUCAUUAAUUCGUUGUUCGGUCACUUAAACACACACAAGAUAGUGUAAAAGGCAUUUUAGUUUUUCAGAGAAGACAAUCACCAGAUUUACUAUGAAGCUUUGGAUUUUAUUGAACCUUGUACUAAUGCAUCGUUGUUCAGUACUAGGAGAGGCCGAAGCAGCUCUAUCUCCUCCAGAAGGCAAUACAACAUUUCUUGGUGGCACAACAUGGUGCAUAGCCCAUCCAUUGGUUUCCCCAUUUGAUUUGCAGAUUGCAUUGGAUUGGGCAUGCGGGUCGGGUCAAGCCGACUGCGGCCCAAUUCGAGCUGGAGGUCCGUGUUUCGAGCCCAACACUCUGGUGUCCCAUGCGUCCUUUGCUUUCAAUAGCUACUACCAACAGAAUGGGAAUAAUGAUAUUGCUUGUAAUUUUGGAGGAACUGCCAGAUUAACUCAAACUAACCCCAGUUAUGAAAAAUGCGUGUAUGAAACUUCUGGGCCUGUAAAAUCUUCAGCCCCUCCAUUAUCGAGCUACAAAGCAAAAUCUAUUGGAUGGAAAUUUGGUGUACUAAUCCUCCUGUUUCAGUAUUUAAGAAGAUGAUUAUAAUUUGUAGUACAUAUUGUUCCUACUUUGUAAAAGUUGUACGGGACAGGGCUCUGUUUUGUUUAAUUAUUCCUUACUUUCUUGUUAAUUUAGGCAUCUUUUGCAAUGUAAUAUGACAUUUAUCUAUAAAUAGUCUGUUUACUUUGAAUAUUAAAA